AUGGCACCUUCUCCUCGCAAGCAGCCAACGGAAGGUAGUAGAACUCCACGCAAGAUUGCGCAAUCAACGCCUACGAAGAAAACACGCACGUCUCCUCGCAAGAAGGCUUGGGCUUCACCGCCAAAGGCAAUUUCAUCGAAAUUAAAUAGCGAGCUAUUCAACGAAGAAGAUUUCGCCAAUAUAUCAAAUCGAUCGUGGGCAGAAAUCACCGAAGAAGAUCAAGAGCUCAACGACAGUUUUCGACGUGAAUGUGAGAAAAGCGAAUCAAGACGAAAAGGAGUGCCACGACGAUUGAAUGCAACACAGACGAAACCCAAAUUCGUAAAAUCACUGGAAUUGACGAAUCAAGUUUUUGUGGCAACUUCGACACGUAAAUCGACGAGAAUAUCAAAAAUUGCUGGAAAAAGUGAAACUGUUACAACCACCACCACUAUUGAAGAAACGAAAUCAAAUAGUAAUCAAUAUAGUCGAAAGCGUUGUCUUUCAAAUGCUUCAACUAUUAAUGAAAUUACAUCACCGACGAAAAGAAGGCAAACGGAAUCCGCCAGUGGUAAACCUGUACGAAAAACUGCUCGCGGACGUCUUCUCGAUGAAAGCUCUUCAAGAAGCGUAUCGGGAAGCCCGUCAAGGAAAGAAGGUUGGGAAGAGCCAACACUUGGAUGGUGUACUGAUGAGGCCACAUUGAAGAGAAGAACAAGAGAAAUUGAGAGGGCCAAGGAAAAAACAGCAUAUCAGAAGUACAUUACGGAAAUUCCGUUCCGUGAUCGUAUCAAGGGUGUUCAUCCAAGAACUCCAAAUAAGUUGAUCAACUAUAGCAGACGUAGUUGGGAUACUCAGAUUAAAAAAUGGAAGAGAAGCCUUUAUGAUUGGGCUGGAGAGGAGCCAUCGGAUUCGGUAAACACUUCAUUCUGCAGUUAUAAUUCUGACGAUGCGAUGAGCGGCAAAGAAGAUGACAAGGAUUUGGAGAACACCCCGGUAUUACGCGAUCUUGACAUUCCGGUUCGCCCAGAAGCCGAUAAUAUGGCCUCGCUUCUUGGAAAAUUCGACAUCGAUUCUCAAAUGGGCAUUAACGAAGAGAGCACACUCAAAGCGAUUAACCCGAAAACCGAUCCAAAGGCGCCAGUCGACUUCUCGCAUGCUGUUGUUUAA